AGCCAAGUGACUGAGAAUGCCAACUCCCUAGUUGAACCGAGCAGCUCUGCGAAAGCUUACUCUGCAGUCUCCCUUCUUUCCUCCGCUUCAACCCAAGACAUCAUGGGGGUCGUCAAAGUCGCUGAUUACCAGGGGGAUGCCGAUUCAUACUCGGUUCCCGAGCAGACUCGGAAAGUCUUUGAAGAGGGCAUCCUUCGGAAUCCCCUGAAUGCGAACGACUUGCCCAGAGGUUACGAAGAGUACUCCCGAAAGAUUACCUUCAAGGGCUCUGACUUCCCCAGCCUUGCAAUCAAUUGGAGGUUUGCAGAGAGCAUCUCCGCCUUGAAAGGCUUGGAAGCUGUAUUCUUGAAUGCUCUUCUGGUCGAAAAAUAUGGCGUUGAACCACAAGAGAUUGUCGUUGAUACUGACCAUGCACAACUCUUCGCCAUGUCAUGUUUCUUUUGGACCAUUGACCCCCAUGGCGAGAAUACGAUCAGUGGGCAAACCCUUGGAAAGAAGGACUCUGCACAGCUCUACCCAUUGUUCAAGAAUUGCGACUAUCACGAUUGGUUGCAACCACUUCACCGCGGGCAAGCAACCAACAUUUUCAAAACAAAAGAUGGACGCUUCUUCCACAUCCAUGGGUCGUUGGAUCCCGUGCCGAUGCUGGAUUUCUUUGGCUUCCCCCACCACAAACCAGAAGUCAAGACAUUCGAGGAAGCCAUUGUUCCCUUUGCUGAAGCCGUGGCUCAGUAUGACAGCGAAGAGCUCGAGAAAAAGGUCAGCAAGGAAGUCAAAGCCGCCGGGACUAUCUGUUGGACACCUGAUGAGUACGCAAACAGUGAGCAUGGCAAGGCAAACGCGCAUGUCGGCCUGUACGAGAUCUAUGAGACGCCCAAUCCUGCACAAAAGCCAGUUUGGUGGCAUUCGACUCCGCAGACAGGAGUAGCGCGACCUCUGGCUGGCCUCAAGGUAGUUGACCUCACUCGGGUUAUUGCAGCACCGGCCGUCACUCGUGGGCUAGCUGAGUGGGGUGCCAGCGUCAUGAGGGUCACGGCACCGCACGUGCCUGAUGCCUCCCAACUUCAUCCUGACCUGCACUGGGGAAAAUGGAAUGCUCAUCUCGAUCUGCGCCACGAACAAGACCGGGAGAUCCUGAAGGGCCUGAUUUUGGAAGCCGACGUGGUAGUUCAGGGUUACAGACCUGGUGUCAUGGAGAAGUACGGUUUCGGUUGCGCUGAUAUCAUUCAGCUUUGCAAGGAUCGCGAACGCGGUAUCAUCGUCGCGAGGGAGAACUGCUAUGGUUACCACGGACCUUGGUCCUUCCGGUCAGGCUGGCAGCAGAUCUCAGACGCCAACUCCGGUGUGUCCAUGGAGUUCGGGCGAGCCAUGGGAAACGAUGAGCCCGUCACUCCCGUGCUUCCCAACUCGGACUACUGUACCGGCGUCGCCGGACUCUGCGGAAUUGUGGAUGCCAUCAUCCGUCGCGGCCAGAGGGGCGGUUCCUGGCAAGUAGACAUCGCACUGAAUUACUACUCGCAAUGGCUCGUCAAUUCGGUCGGAACAUACCCGCCUCAGGUAUGGGACCGCCUCUGGACGCAAAAUGGCCGGCCGGUCUUCCGCCACUACCACAACAUGUUCCAGAUCAUCCCAAGCUACAUGCGGCAGUUACGCGAGAAUUCGGCCGACAAGCUGUUCAAAGACGAGUUCUUUGUCGAGAGGGAGAGCGGCGCGAUUGGCAAGACGGUGCGGUUUGUAGCGCCCAUCUUGGCCUUUCCCGAGGGCAAGGUGAAACUGGGGUUCAAUGUGGGCACGAGAGGGAACGGGGUGGAUCAGCCGAGAUGGCCGGAUGAUUUGAUGACCGAGGUUGUUGUGUAGUCUGAUCCUGGAGGGACAGGGCUAGUUAUAUGGCCGCUGGCUCACGCCGCAAAUUAGAAUGAAUCAUAGCAUCAAUUGCCAGACCACCCAUGACCUUUCAACGUCGCUGAAGUCCCCUGUGGUACAGGUUCUGAGCCGGGAGUCGCUUACUGCCAACGCUGGUACAGAAUCGUGUCUUGAACAGGCAUAUAUCGGGUCUGUGGGGUCCCAAAUCUUGGACGAAACUGU